AUGAACGUCAGCUGCACUGCCGCCAACUCAUUCACCGAGCUCACCGGGUUUGGAACGGCGUACAUGCGCGCUAUCGAGAGUGCUCGCGAUGAUUGUGUGUACAACGAUCCGUUUGCUGGCCUUCUCACGCAGCGGAACCGCAACGAGCUGGAGAAAUUCCUGAAGGGGACGGCUGAGCAGGGCGUUCGGUGGGAGAAUCUGAUUGCGAUUCGCUCUCGAUACGUCGAUGACGCACUGGAGCACCGCGGCAGCGGCACCAAGCAAGUUGUGAUCCUCGGGGCUGGUUUGGACACUCGCGCGUAUCGCUUGUUGUCUCUACGUGAAUGCCAUGUUCUGGAAAUUGAGCAAAACUCCCAGGCGUUUGAUCAUAAAGCCGAAGUAUUGCAAGACGCGCCGCUGAUGGCACGAAAGCUUGACUGCAUCGUUGCCAACCUCGCCGAUGAUGACUGGGACCACAAGCUGCUCGCUCAUGGAUUCGACUCAAGCUUGCCUACGUUUUGGGUCAUGGAAGGGUUGCUCCCUCACAUGGAUCGAUCGAGUAUUACCACGAUGCUGGAUACGGUCGAUGCUCUAUCUGCACCUGGCAGCGAGCUUUGGGCGGAUAUUGCUGGUCACGCAACCUUUGCUGUCGAGGGCUUCGGUGAUGUCACAAUGAAGUACGCGGAAGACGACCCACUGCACGGUGUUCUGCGCGAGAUCCCCUGGUGCUUGAAGUUGCAAGCCUCGCUUGGGGAGGAAGGGGUCCAUUUUGGUCGCAAGUCGACACCGUUGUCUUCUUCAGAUACUGGUGAGAGUGUACCAGUCUGGUUUGUCGUCGGCAAGAAGCCCAUCCCGACCGAAGCGCGUGAGAAGGACGUGUGUCCUGGUCUCGACUACGGAGGAAGCUUCGUUCAGCGUAUAUGA